AUGCCAGGCUGUUGUUCUAGCGCCUGUGCGCGUAAACCGCUGCUAGAUGAGCGGAUUCAAUCUUUGAGGAGUAAGUUUUGCCAAAAUUUGACAUAUGAUAUUAUCCAUGACGAGUUUAUUGUAAAAACUAGCGUGAAUCUUUGGUUAAGCGCUAUGAUUCGCUGCAAAAUGAUGUAAAAAAUUUCAAUGAACAGUGUAGGAUGAAUUAGGCCUCUUUUUUCUGUUGAGUUGUGAUGUUUUUUUUUAUUAUAGAUAAGGUCAAUGCAAGACAAGAGAUUCGGAACGAUUUGGUUGGAGAUCCUGCCUUUAGCGAUUUCCAAAUCCGGGCCCAAGGCGUCACCUUUUAUGUGAGUUGUAUUCUAUUCGUUUUUAUCUUGAUUUUUAGGUUGUCAAGUAUCAAUUAGCCUUGAAGUCGAAGGUGUUUAAAGAUCUAUUCAAAUCGAACAGCAAUGAAGUCCUGCAAGGAGUAUUGGAGCUGCAUGAUGACCCUGAUGCAGUGAAAGCUGUGCUCGAUUACAUCUUUCUGUACAAAAAGGUCGAGGGAUGCGAAUUGGCUGCAAAAGCUCUUCAACUUGCGCAUCGUGGCGAAAUGAUUGAACUCAAGGUAGGUAUAGCGUAAAAUUGCAUGUAUUUUUGCUUGGAAUAGAGCUUUUGGGUGGUAAAGAAUGUUUUGAAAUCGAUUUUGAGCCAGAAUUACAUCACAUUUUUGAGUUACGAAGAUUUUGCUAUAUUGUUCAUGCCUAGAAUAAAAAAAUUCUUUUUUAGGAGCAAUGCGAAUUGGAGCUGUUGGAUCAUUUGACACUCAGAGAUGCCCCGUACGUCCUGGAGUUGGCUCGUAGCUAUGGGUUGUCAAUUUUGUUCGCAAAAUGCGUCGAAUUUCUUUUCUACAACUUUGAAGAGUUCGAGGUAUUCGAACCAGAAAGUAAGUGUUUAGCCUAUUAAUUUUUUGGCUUUUAGAUAAAACAGUGAUUUGGUUGGUUGAUGUAUGAUCUGAGCUUUAAUAUAAUGCCAUAAUUUCAGUUCAUCCCGCUCCAUUGGCUCGUCCGCAACCAGGUGAAGGUAGGAGAACAUAAUUUUUUUGAUGGAGCUACCUGAAUUUUGAUUUUCUUUGGAUUAACUGUUUGAAGUAGCCAAAUAUUGUGUGAUCGCUACUUUAAAGCGUAUUUUACUCGAAUAUUUUUAGCUCGUCCAGCUCCGCCAGCCGGUCCGCCACCUGUUCGAGGUAGGGUAAUAUAAUUGCUUCUAGCUGCCUAAAAUCGUCCUUGCUGUUGGGGUUUUUUGGGCUGAUUGCCUAGAAUAUUAUCUAAUCUGUUGUUUGGAUGGUAUUUAGGGCUGAAAUUUUGAUUUUUUGCAUUAGAAAAAAGGGUAAUAUAACUUUUCGCUCAAAACUCGACGAACCUCGAUUUUUAUUGGCUGAUUUGCUAAUAUAAGUUAGAAUAUGAUAUAUUGAAUAGUUUAAAAACGUAAUGGACCUCAUAAUUUCAGAGAAUCAGAGGCCACAGCCAGUUUUUGAACCUCAUGGUAAGCUGAUGUUAUUCUGAAUAGAAAUAUGUGAUUUUAAUCUGAAACCCCUUGAUUCCCUGGUAAUUCGAAUUUAAAUUUCUAGCCCGACGCAUGAUGGAUCCGUUCCAGGACGCGGAAGGACUGGCUGCCGCUUAUGAUCACUUUGAAAUCCAAUUUUUACCUCAAGAAGAAGGUAAAAUGUUGUGAUUUUGGUAGAAAAGGUUGAUGAAAUUUUUGUGCGAAAUAGAAGGGAGAGGGGGUUAUUUGCGGUAUUAAAAGAAUUUGCUUAAUGAGAGCUCGAAUUGGAUCAUUUUAUAUUGACCAUGAUGGAUAAUAUAAUUUUUGUUAUAGAAUGGUUUAGUGUUGCUUUAUUGAUGCUUAGUUGAUCGAAUUAAGUCCAUUGAAAUUUAUUUUUGGUUUUAAAUUGAAUCUUAUUUAGUAGAAAAUUUAGUUAUAUUAUCCAUGAUGGAUAAGAUAGUUGGUGUCAUAAAUAAGGUCGCGGAUUUUUUUAAUCGCAAAACAUGUUAAUAUAAGCCGGUUGACAACUUAUUUGAAGAAAAUUUUAUGUGGAAGGAGGUUAUUUCAAGUUUUGACAAACAAAAUAUUAUUCAUGAUGGAUAAGUUCAUUUUUGUUGAGAUUUUAGCCCGUAGACAAGCCUAUGUUGACUUGAAUAAUCCGGAAGGUGAACAAAUCAAUGAGCCGCAAGAUGAGAGUGAUAUUUUUGAGGAUUUGAGAGGCGAAAAUGUUCAAGGAUUGGAUGAAUUAGGUCCUGAAGAGGAGGCAGAAAACGAUGAAUCUGAGGAAGAAGAGGAUGGCAAUGAAAAUGAACAAGCUUGUAGGAUUAUUUUUGACCUUUUUUUUUGACUGGUUCGAAUUGUAUUAGAAGGUAUUGAUUUUUUAGAUUCUCCUGAAGAUCUUCUGGUCGCUGCGCUUGUUGAAGGUAAGUUUUUUCUCUUUGAUUUUUUUUGGUUUUUAGGGAGAUGAUCUUUACUAUUGAGGUCCGCAAAAUGUUCCACGCAAAAGUCGCAAAGAUAUACGAGCAUUUUUUCGCUACCCGUCUCUCUUCAUUCUGCGUGUUCUAUCAAAAAAUUAUUGCAUGGCGUCUUUGCGGAAGGUGAGUCCCACGAGCUCAAAUUUUGUCGGGAUCAAUGUCAGACCAAUACUAGUCCGUUCGUAAAGUCGCUGAAGUGAUUUUUGACGUUUGCACUGUGUAAAAAAAAGUCAGAGUGCGAGUGACAGCCCAAAAAAGCCUAUUGCACGGUGCAAAAAACAAGAAAUUGCACAGUGCAAAGUGAACUUUUGUUUUUGCACACUUGCUGGAGUGAUUUCGGCGACAUGCACUGUGCGAAAACAAAAUUUUACUUUGCACUGUGCAAUUUCUUGCUUUUUGCACCGUGCAAUAGGCUUUUUCGGGCUGUCGCUCGCACCUCUAAUUUUUCGCACAGUGCAGACGCCAAAAAUCCCUUCAGCGACUUUGCGUACGGACUAGUAUUCGUCAGACAUUGAUCCUCACAAAAUUUGAGCUGUGAGACUUAUCUUCCGCUGAGAUACCACGCACGUCAAUCCAGCGCAUUUCCUGAACCGUUUCGAAACUUCGUGUCAUCUUCAUUGAUUUAAUUAGAGAGACGAAAUGUCGCGAAGUUAUCGGCACUUUCUCUCGCCCGAAAUAAUUGCUUCUUCUCGAAAAGAAAGAAAAAAGAUAAGAAAAUGCUUUUUUAUCGGAUAGUGACAUUUCGUUUUGAACGAAUCUCCAAAAAGGGGCGGGAAAUUUUUUCUUCUAUUUUGGAUUGACGUGCCACGCAAUAUUUUUUCGAGAGAACACGCAGAAUGAAGAGAGACGGGUAGAGAAAAAAAUGUUAUUAUUUCUUUGCGAUUUUUGAUGAUUGGAAGGAAAAUUUUGCGGACGUUAUUUCUAUUUUUUGAGGAAUCGACCAAAACGAAAAGGAUAAAAUCGCUGAAGAAAUCAAUGAUGAUAACAAAGAAGUAUCUGACGGACCAAAUCACAGUGGUUUCAGAGAGCAUCUCAAAAAAGUUGAAGAAAAUGCCGAAUUGGAUGCUGAUCAUGACAAAGAACAGUUUUCCGGGGAAUGUAUUGAGAACGAGGAGCAAAAAGAAGGUGAAAUUUUUAUAUUAUUCAUGAAGGAGAAGGUAUUUUUUAUGGGGGAAAUGGUUAUAAUUUGAUGAUUGAGUGGCAAGCGAGUGUGAAAUAAUGUAUAGGAGGACUUGUGAACAUUUUUUUUAGGAAUUUUGUGUCGAAGCAUGGAAGAACUUCAUAUUGAUGACUCUUUGAAAGAAAAAACAGAGAAUGAUGGAAAACAGGAUGAUGAGAGCGACUCCGGCGAAGCCGCGGACUUUGAGGAUGAAGAUGAGGAAGAAAGUUAGUUGUUGGGAUAUCGAAUUUUGGGGCGAUGUUAUACUAGAUCUGGAGAUGACAAAAAAUUUUUUUGAAGACGGUUUUUUUUUUGUUAUAAGGAUCGAAAAUAGCCAUGGUUAGAUGUAGUAAAUGUUUUUGGGGGUUUUUAAAGAGGUUACGGAGUAAUUUUGUCGAAAUUUUUUAGCUCCUCCCACCUCACCACUCACCGAUAAAUUCGAGGAAAAUCAAGUUUUGGACUCUCAAAAUCAAGCUCAGAACCAAGAUAAAACCCUCGAAGCAGUCGAUGAAGACCGAACUCCUUAUGUUUCGCUGUGCAAUUUGCCUUCCCCGCCCGUCAAGGGUAGGAUAAUAUAUUUUUUUUUUAUGAAAAUUUGAUUUUUUUCUUUUUUUUUUUUUUUUUUUUUUUUUUGAAGAUUAGUGGAUUUUGGAAGCAGAAAUUCACUAAAAUUUUCCAGGAGAUGAUAAGGAGAAUAUUGAAGAGAAGACUGACGAUCAAGAAUAUGGAGAUUUUUUUACUUUCAACGGAGAAAAAGUGAAGGGUAAGAUGAGGGGAAAUUGGAAGUGAAAACUGAGGAGUUGGUUGAAAAAAUUGGCCAGGAUGCCUUUCAAUUUGACAUUCGGUGUUUUGAGAUUUUUUAUUAUUUUUUUAGUUUUUAUUUUUAUUUUUUUUUAUUUUUGUUUUAUUUUGUUAUGUUGAUUUCAGUGUCCCCCGUGAGGUUUGCCAAAGUUGAAUCAGGUAGGAUCAUUUUUAUUUUUUCCGUUUUUAGAUAUUUUUUUAUUUUUUGAAUUUUUUGUUCAGUCCGGCCGAGAGCUUUGGUCUUCCCGGACACCACGGAAGAAAGUCAAACCCACUCGGAGCAAGACGCCUCCGAAGAAAUUCCACCGGUUUUGGAGGAUGAAAAAGGUAUAAAAAGUCAGACUUUUUUGGUCAAGCGUUGAAAAAAAAAUGAAAAAUUUUUCCGUAUUUUGUAGAUGUUAGGCCUAAAAGAUGACAAAAAAAUCCGAUUUUUCUUCGAUUUGUGAGGCUAAUUUUUUUGUCUGUCGGGAAAAUAAUGUGCACUCUGUCGCAUCGAAAAUCGCGUCGCCGUCGAGAAAACGAAUUUUGUCUCGGCAGGAGAAAAUUGAUUUUUCACUUCGGCGACACGAUUUUCGAUGCGACAAAGUGCUCAUUAUUUUUCCGACAGACAGAAAGUUUGCGUCACAAAUCGAAAAAAUCGGUUUUUUGUCAUUGUUUAGGCCUAACAUGUACAAAACACGGGCAAUUUUUUUCAUUUUUUUUUUUUUUUUUUUUGCAGAAGGUGAGCAUUCGGACGAUGAAAAAGCCACACCUUUUGUUCGGCAAAUCAGAGAAAGGUACGAUAACCCUGCGACGAAUUUCCGAACCGACGAAGAGGGUCUGGACAGUUCGCCGGACGAUAUUGAAGAAGAAUUUCUGAGAUUCUACGAGGGAAAUUUUCCUGGUAAAUUUUGGAGAAUUUUUUUUUUUUUUUGAAUUUUUUUUUUUUUUUUUAAAUAUUUUUUCAACGCCAAUCGAUGAUUUCGCAGACGAGAAUGAAGCCAGCGCCAUUGAGGGCGACGAAAUGUACGCAAAUAUUGACAAAUGGAACCUCGUCGAAAUGACAUUUGAAGAAUAUCAAAAGUACUCGGAUUGGAAGGAAAGAAAGGACCAACAAAUGAAGUCGAAAACUCCUAAAACAGGUAAGAGGUUUGGAAAGGAGGAAAUUUAUUUUUGAUUUUUUUUUUUGAAAAAUUUUUUUGGAGUACCUAAAAUUUGAUGAGGAUUACUUUUCGACAAACUUGGCCUAAAUUUUUUAUGCAUUUUUUGGCAAAUUGGGAAUUUUUAGCUAUUGAUUUGCUAAGUUUCGGAGAUCUAGGGGGUUUUUUUGAGAUUUAUUUUUUCCGAGGUACCUGAAAUUUGAUGGGAUUUAAUUUUCAACAGACUUGGCCUCAUUUUUUUUAUGGAUUAUGGGCAUUUUGGAAAUUUUUGGCUAUUGAUUUGCUAAAUUUUCCGGCAUUUUUAGACGAAAAAUUUUUACAAAUUUCGGAUUUUUUUUUUGCGAUUUUUGACUUGGAAAUGUUUGGGUUAACAAGAGCUCAUCGGUUAUCUAAUUGUGUAAAAAAUCGCUUUUCCCCGGGCAAAAUGCAAAAAGUUAUAGCGAAAAGAAGUUUUUGUCUGACCACUCUCCGCAUUUUGUAUACUCUCUCGUAAAAAGCUUGAUGAAAAUCACAGCGCUUGGCGAAGAGCAGGUCUAAAUUUUUAGGGAAUAAUAUAUGGGCUAGUCAGAGUAUAGGUUUAGAGUUUGAAGAGAAUUGGGGAGUCGCAAUGGGUUACUGUAACAGAAUUACAGAUAUAAAAUGAAAAGUUUAUGUCAAAAAAUGAUGAUCUUUCAGCUUUCGCUGGACUCUACAAGUCGAAAACCAGCCGCAAGUCCAAACCCAAGCCCAGCAAUGCGAGGCCGGUCGAACAGCCCCAACCGAAAGUUGAGGCAAAUAAUGUAAAAGGUAGGCCAAGCUGAAAAGAAGUGAUUUUCUGAUUGGUCGAGGGAGAAAUAGGUAAUAAGAAGAGGAAUGGGAUGCAGUAGAACUGAGAAAAAAUAUAAAUUGAAAUAAUGCGACUGGAAAAGGAUAUAGGAAUUUUAAGAUAUUACUUUAGGCAGUGUGGUCAUGAAUAAUAUAGAAAAUGGUAACAAAGCUUGGAAAUUUUUGGUAAGACGUAAGGUAAAUUGCCUGAAAAGCCAUAUUGAAGCUUUUGGAGGGGAUAAAAAUUAGGUGUGCUAGAGAAAAUAUCGUUUUAGACGAGUAUGUCAUGGAUAAUAUAAAAUUCAUCAUGUUGGGUUAGGUAAUAAAAAAGAUAGUAUUUUCAAUUUGACACUGGUCCUAAGAGGAAUUUAGCACCUAAUUUAAGUUUAAUUUCAGCAUCCGCGGCUUCCAUGUUUGCGCCAGCGCCAGAUGCUUCAGCUCAAGGUAGGAAAAUAUAUUUUUUUUUUGAAAAAAUAGCCCUUUCGAUCGGUUUUUCGACGCAUUGCUGGUUCAGUAAUAAGUUUUGUUGCUUGAAAAGUAAUAUGGAAGCUUUUGGUGGGGGUGUAAAACCAGGGGGUACUUGGCAAAAUAUUGUUUUAGACAACUAUGUCAUGGAUAAUAUAAAAUUUAUCGUAGUGGGUGAAGUAAUAAAAAAAGAUAAUAUUUUUUAUUUUACACAGAUCCUAAGAGUAAUUUAGAACCUAAUUUAACCUUAAUUUCAGCUUCGACGUCUUCUAGGUUUGCGCCAGCGCCAGUUCAUCCAGGUCAAGGUAGGAUAAUAUAAAAUCCAUCAUAUUGAGUGAAGUAAUGAAAAAUGAUAAUAUUUUUAAUUUUACACUGGUCCUACAUGUAUUUUCGAGCCUAAUUUAACUUUAAUUUCAGCUUCGACGUCUUGUAGGUUUGCGCCAGCGCCAGUCGCUCCGACCCAAGGUAGGAUAAUAUAAAAUUUAUCGUAGUGGGUGUCGUAAUAAAAAAAUAUUGUAUUUUUAAUGUUACACUGGCCCUAAGGGGAAUUUAGAGCCUAAUUUAACUUUAAUUUUAGCAUCGACGUCUUCCAGUUUUGCGCCAUUAACAGUUGAUCCGGAUAAAGGUAGUGUAAUAUUAUUUUUUAUUUUUCAUUCAUUCGAAUGUUUGACCCACUCUUAAUUAUAACCCGUUUCAGCACCCCCUCUGCUCACUGCCUCCAGAAGAGGUCAGUCCAUUGUGAAAUCGCGCCUCAGCGGCUUUUCUGUCAAGAAUCAGAACACCUAUCCGCUCGUCUACCAACUCUACAGGACAAACAACAACCCCUCCCAAUUUUACAUCAUCCAACCAACGCGCAGUCAAUCCGUCAUAACCGACGAAGGCACCAUAUUUUUCGCGAAGUACGAAGCGAACGGAAAUUAUGACUAUAGCCGACUUUGUGACCAUCCAAACGCAAAAGUUUUGCAGCUGAAGAAAGAUUAGAGGAAAGAGUUUUUUGGUCCUCGGUUAUCUCAGAACUACCUCAACAUAUUUGUUUUACUUGUUUUUGUUAAUAUCCAAUAUUUGUUUUGUGGUUAAUAUAAUAAAAUUUUAAAAAAGCGUCAUGGAUAAUAUAAUGGGUUUGAAAGGUUGAUAAAAUUUUUGCGUUUCGAGUUUUGAAAUCGCUUUAGGGCACGAUUACUGUAGUUUCGUUGUAAAACCAGGGAGUGAAAGACUUGACCCGAGCUGUCAACUGUUGCGUUUGACCAAAAAGUUGGUGCAAUUUUGGGCGUUGCUCAGUUGCUUGCCGCAGAAUGAACAAGAAAUGCUGUUCACGAAAACGUGAAGUGCAGUAUCAAAUAAGCGCUUUGAGAGGUAAUCCUUUACAGCAAGCCCGGUUAGAUAAUGACCCUAGCGAAAAUUGGUUGCUCAAUCUUACUUGAUCGAUCCCGAUGAUCGAUUAUGAUGUAGAUAGGACAACCAGGAGAUCUCCGAUGAUUUUAACAGGUUUUAUAGAUAAUAUUCAAUAUUUUCAGUCGUUUUAUUGAUAAUCUUGUUUUACAGCGAAGGUGAACAAGAACCGGAGAAGGAGGAUCGAUUCUUCAAUAAUCCCACGUUCAGCGACUUUCGAAUCAAAGCCGGAAGCGAGACCUUUUAUGUAAGUCGUAUUUUAUAGUUUUCUAUUCCAAAUUUAGACUACAAAACAUCAAUUGGCUUUGCAAUCCGAGGUCUUUGCAAGAAUGUUUGAAUCAAAGAUGAAGGAGGCGACUGAAGGCGUCUUGGAACUUCCCGACGAUCCAGAGGCAGUGGAAGCGAUGUUGAAACACAUUUCGAUGUACAAAAAGGUGGAAGGAGGCCAAUUGGCAAGAAAGGUUCUUCAAAUCGCACAUCGUUAUGAACUUUCUGAACUCAAGGUUUGUAUUGUGCAAUAUUAUUGGGUUUUCUUGUUGAAAAGUUUCGUUAUUAGGUGUACAAAGAGACUAAUCAGUUUCUGGGGCCGAACUCAGUCGGUAUUUUUAGUUCUCGGUCUUUUUUAAUGUUAUACUAGGCCAUUUUUGUGUUACAUUGAUUUUUUGGAUAUUUAGGACCAAUGCGAGCUGGAAAUCAUUGAUAAAUUGUCGGCGGAAGAUGUCCGAGAGAGUUUUCGAGUGGCCGAUCAACUGGAACUCCCGCUUUUGCUCUUGAAAUGCUGUGAAUUCAUCUAUUACGGCAGUCAAACCGACAACACGAAGACCGAAGGUAUGGUGUUGAUUUUUGGAUGAAGUGAAUUUUGCAGUGAUUUAAAAUUUCAUUUCAGUUGUGGAUUUUACGGUUAGUCGCCACCAGAAUGGUAUUGAGUACAAUGUUACCAACAAUUCUGAUGUUACUGUCGGCGCACGUCAAGAAAAAAUAAAACAAAAGCGCUCAAGCAAUGAAAAAUUCUUGGCAUUCUGUUUGAUCUCAAAGACAAUUUUUUGCGAUAAAGAUAGCCUGAUUACACGAUGA